AUCAGGGAAUACAAUGGACAGAUGCAGGGAAUUACCAGUGUGGGAUUUGCAUCCCUGACAUUUGAUGGAACUGUAGGAGCACCAGUAGUUCCUCGAACCUCUAGCAAAGUGUACACUUUCAUGAAUGAAGAACAGAAAACAAUAGAAGAAUUACGUGUUUGGGCAGCCAGCAAUCUUUCCAUCUCUGGACCAGCAGCAAAAUUGUCUGGUGUUCAGCCAAUGCUGUUCUUUGAUCUCACUUGCCAGCUGGUAGGAAAAGCAAAAGUGGAUGGAUCUUCAUUUCUUCUAAAGGUAUGGGAUGGCACAAAAUGUCCCUACCCAACCUGGAAGGUGCCUGUGGAAGCCAGAGACCUGGAAGGAGAAAAAGUUCUUCUUCAUCAGCUGCGAAAGCUAACAGUGGACAUUCUAGUCUAUGAUAACCAUGUACAGCUGGCAAAAUCACUUAAGAUUGGAAGUUUUCUGAGAAUUUACAGUAUGCAUGCAAAACAAGCAAGUGCUGAUGAUGAAGCUGUCUCACAUAUAGAAUUUCAUCUUCACGGUGGCACCUGUUAUGGUCGAGGAAUCGGAGUCUUACCAGAAAGUAACCCGGAUGUUAAGGAACUAAAAGUGUUCUUGGAAUCAGUGGAUCUCACAGACAGUCAGAAUAUGGAAAGCAUGUCUUCAGCAGAAUUAGACAGCACUUUUAACAAUGUUACAGAUCUUGAAUCACACUUACAGAGAUGUCAGCAGUUAUCUGUUACAGUAUUAACAGAUCAUCAGGAUUUGAAUAACACGGAACUGAAAACCAUUCUGAACAGUGCAGCUCCUCAACAGUAUCGCAUAAGAGCAAAGCUGAGAACUUAUAAACCCCAGAAGCUCUAUCAGUCAAUUAAACUCCAUUGUUCCAAAUGCAACUCUUUGCGAGAAGUUCCAGAUGGAGAUGACUUUGACUUUAUUUUACAAGGCUCUGCUGUUACUGCCCCAAACGCAGAAUUACACAAUACAUCCUGGUAUGAUUCUGUAAUGUGGACUACACAAGACCAGAAACAAAGGAAAAUAGCUAUCCAUUUUGUAAAGCAUGAUGAAAUGCUUCAACAGGCUGAAGAUACUUUGCUUAUGAUAGAAGGUGGAACACUAAAAGAAGUCUGGAAGCUUACAAAAAGAUUUAAAUGUGUUAUUCCUGUGAGAUCUACAGAAAAUGAUCUUGAAUUAUUAGAUCUUUCAGCUCCUUUUCUUUUACAAGGGAACAUAAAAUAUUAUGGGUAG